GGGCUUCACACUCUUACCAAGUUCUUCAAGUGCCCAAAGUGAAAAUGUUGUUCAAGGCUGUGACUCUUUUCCUGGCCAUUGGUGCCGUCUACGGUGCUGUGGUUCCCAAUUCCGUCGAGAUUACGGGGGAAAGCACACUGAUCGAAUUUCUGCGUGACUCUCCGGCUCUGAGGGCGUCGGAUGUUUUCAACAUGGAAUGCUUCGACUACUACACUCCGCUCCUCAAGCAGCACGCCGAUAAGUACGACGAAGAUUCCCGGACUUGCUACGAAGACUACGAGGUAGCCAAAUCCUUGAUCGACUCCAGCUACGACUACCCUCGCAGCGAACUAGCCGAUUCUGUGAAGAACACCUGCUACUCCCUGCUCACGUGCGAUGGAAAGGAGUCCAAUUCCGAUGCUUUCGAGUGUCUGGCCUCAGGUGGACCUGCCGGAUCUGCGGCCCUUGGUUCAGCUUCCGACAAGGCAUACGAUUACGGAGCUAGCCUGAAGGAGAGGUUGGGAGACAUCCAGAAGGUUCAAACGGCUUGUCUGCUCGAGGCCCAGCGAACCUACAAGACCAAACACGGCCAGUGCUACGAUGAUCUGAUCGCCUGCGCCUAUGACCCUACCUGGGAGUUUCCCACCACCAGCUUUGACCUGUAGAUGUAAAACGAAGGACUCUACAAUUCAAGGCAACUUAGCAUGGUUGCACUUACGAACUUUUGUGGUUCUUUAAAAAACAGUUGACCAAAGAUCAGUUAAUCUAGUUGCAGUUUUCAUUGAAAAUAUAUUAGAUAUCUUCUA